AUGCAUUUCAUCCCUUUGGUGGCUUUUGCCUUAUCGACUCACUUGUCGAUGAUUCUGGCUCGACCGAUGUUAAACACCACGAGUACGGAUACUACCUCUACUUCUACUACUUCGACAUCUUCUGUUGCCUAUGGAGAGUAUGGAAAUUAUGGGAAUUACGGGACCUAUGGCGAUUAUGGGUCCUAUAAUGUUAAAAAGAGGGGCAAUCUUCCUGAAGUCCCGGCACAGACCACGUCUAGCCAGGGGCCAACGUCGUCCCCCGUGGACUAUGGAGAUUAUGGAAACUAUGGAGAAUAUGGGACAUAUGGAAAUUAUGAGUCGUAUCCAAUGGCUAAAAGAAGCGAUGAGCCAACCGCGACAUCAUCCCCUAUACCGACAUCAACAUCGACGUCGACGAGUUCGGAAGUGACCUCGACAGAAACCUCCACAACCUCGACUACUAGCCAGGGUGGAUAUGGAUCAUAUGGAGACUACGGCAGUUACGGCAACUAUGAGAAUUACGGGCCAGUUUCCCUGCCUUAG